AGAGGGGACUGACAAAGAGAGAGAGAGAGAGAGAGAGAGAAAGAACGAGCUGAACUCAGCAGCAUAUCAUCUGCUCCUGUGUACACUGCUCGGACAAGUUCUUCGAGGAGUUCUUAGCGUAACCUUGACGACCAAUAAAAAGUUUGAAGAAGCGAGAGAGAGAGUGUGUGUGUGUGUGUGUGAGAGAGAGAGAGAGAGAGUGAGAGAGUGUGUGUGUGCGAGAAAGAGAGAGGGGGAAAGAGGCGAGAGAGUGUGUGUGAGAGAGAGAGAGAGAGAGAGAGAGAGGGGGGAAUGAAGGACACGCUGAACUCAGGGAAGGACGGUCAGGCUGGGGGAGGAAGAAUGCCUUUCGCUUUUCGGAUUAGAAACGAGUGCUUCCGCUCGGCGCUGGCAGAAACGCUCAGCACCUAUGUGAUGAUGACGUUCGGCCUGGGCACGGUGGCGCAGGUGGUGACGGGGGACGGGCUGUUCGGACGUUACCUGAGCAUCAACCUGGGCUUCGGGCUGGGAGUGGCCAUGGGAGUGCACAUCGCCGGAAAGGUCUCAGGUGCCCACAUGAACGCCGCCGUCUCCUUCACCAUGUGCCUGUUCGGCCGGCUCGCCUGGAGGAUGUUCCCCGUCUACGUCGCCGCGCAGAUGCUGGGCUCCUUCAUGGCGGCCGGCACCGUCUUCUCGCUGUACUACGACGCCAUGCUGAAUUACUGCGGGGGCAACUUCACCGUCGCUGGCCCCCGGGCCACCGCUGGGAUCUUCGCCACCUACCCCGCCCCCUACCUGUCCUUACCUGGGGGCUUCCUGGACCAGGUGCUGGGGACGGCCAUGCUGCUCCUGUGCCUCAUGGCACUGUCGGACCAGCGGAACCAGCCGGCGCAGGCGGGGUCCGAGCCCCUGGCGGUGGGCCUGCUGGUUCUGCUCCUCGGCGUCUCCAUGGGGAGCAACAGCGGCUACGCCAUCAACCCGUCCCGCGACCUGCCCCCCCGAAUAUUCACCGCCCUGGCCGGCUGGGGCCCGGAGGUCUUCAGGGCAGGGCAGAACUGGUGGUGGGUGCCCCUGCUGGCACCCCUGAUUGGCGGUGUAAUGGGGGCCGGGAUCUACAAGCUGUUCGUGGAGCUGCAUCACCCCGCCCCUCCCCGGAUCUAUGGGGCCCAGCCCAGAGAGGCGGAGCUUGAGAAGAGCGCCACGUCAGAGCUGUGCGUGUGAGCCAGGCCUAGCCCCACCCCCCGCCUGGAAGUGUGGGCGGAGCCAGGAGAGGAAACAUGAGCAGAGCAAGGAGAGGAAACAUGGGAGGAGCCCAGAUAUAAUAUGUGGGCAGGGGCAGGACAUGACGUGUGGGCGGGGCCAGGACAUGCUAUGUGGGCGGAGCCAGGAGGUGCAGGCUCCGCCCCCUCGUGUGUGAUUGCUGCAUUGCUUGCUUCGUGAGACUGCGCUACCACCAUCUGCGUCUGCGCAGUGACUGCGAUGCAGACGCAGGGAGGCUGUGUGGGGCGGCGGUCGUGGUGGUUGCAACCUUUCACUGAAGCUCCUGCACUCUGCCAAACCCCCUCCUCUAAAACCCCCCCGCUCAACUUAACCCGGCUCAGUGCCUGUAAGACCCUAUAGUUAGACAAAAAAAAAACUGGAAGUUUUUAUAAUAAAUAACUAUCAAAUGAAGGAGGUAGAGAAGGAUGGACAGUGGUGGCAAAACUUCUGCACACUAACAGUUUCCUGGAAGGCAUGGCUUUGAUCGUAGACUUAAUUUGGAAUUUCUGUGCCCCCUGGAAAACAUCUGUGCCUCCAUUCAGUGUUCCGUUAAACUGGGUUCGGUGUGGAU